AUGGAGGAAGACCGCGCAGCCGCAAACUUGGGGCCUGCUGUAGGAGACAAUAUGAGUGGCGAAGCAGCUGUAGCUUCAAAGCAGCCGAAAAAGAGAUUUGUCGGCAGAAGAGCUGCCGCAGAAAGAGCUGCAAGUAAUGCCGACCCAAAUGCGACCAUCGAGGAUAGCGGGGCGAUACAAGUCGCCGCACCGCGAAGGUCUGCCCGCACCCUGAACAACAUCCCGCCUGAGAUCCUAGAAGAUGAAGAAAUCAACGCAGCAAUCGCUCUGCUACCCUCGAACUACAACUUCGAGAUGCACAAGACCAUCCACCGGAUCCGAUCCUCAGGCUCCAAGAACAUCGCACUCCAGUUUCCCGAAGGCCUCCUCCUCUUCGCGACCACGAUAUCCGACAUCCUGACCCGCUUCUGCCCCAACACCUCUACGCUCAUCAUGGGCGACGUCACCUACGGCGCCUGCUGCAUCGACGAUUUCACCGCGCGGGCCCUCGGCUGCGAUCUGCUCGUGCACUACGCACACUCGUGUCUAAUCCCUGUCGCAGUAACCAAGAUGCCGACCCUCUACGUCUUCGUCAGCAUCGGCAUCGACACCUCCCACCUGCUCGCAACGCUGAGCCGCAACUUCCCCUCCGGCAAAACAAUCGCCCUAGUCGGCACGAUCCAAUUCAACGCGACUAUCCACGCCAUCCUGCCCGCCCUGCGCACGCUAGGCUUCACUCCCAUCGUGCCGCAAAUCGCGCCUUUAUCCAAGGGCGAGAUCCUCGGCUGCACCUCCCCCCGAAUCCCGGGGCUCAAAGACAGCGCCGGGACGACAGAAGCCGGAGCCGCGGACCUGCUCCUCUAUCUCGGCGACGGCCGCUUCCAUCUCGAGUCCGCUAUGAUACACAACCCGCACCUGCCCGCCUACCGCUACGACCCGUACUCGCGGCGGCUAACACAUGAAACCUACGCGCACUCCGAGCUAUAUGAUUUGCGUAACAAAGCCAUCACGACCGCGCGCAGCGCGAAAAAGUGGGGCCUUAUCCUCGGUUCGCUGGGACGGCAGGGAAACCCGCACACGAUGACGCUAAUCGAGAACCAGCUGCGCGCGAAAGGGAUACCGUGGGUGAAUCUGCUGCUGUCGGAGAUAUUUCCGGGGAAGCUGGCUAUGAUGGAUGAGGUCGAGUGUUGGGUGCAGAUUGCGUGUCCGCGGUUAAGCAUUGAUUGGGGGUAUGCAUUCCCGCGGCCGCUUCUGAGUCCGUAUGAGGCGCUUGUGGCAUUGGGCGUCAGAGAGGCGGGGGGGGGGGGGGGGGGGGGGGGGGGGGGGGUGUAUCCGAUGGACUUCUAUGGGAAGGAGGGGUUGGGGAGGACGACGGAGACGCAGGUGGGGGUUGUGGAGCCGGUGUAG